CUCUGCGAAGCUAUAGAAGAGAUCGUUUUUAUGGGUGGAGGUGUUGGGAUUGGGAACCGAAGUGCUGUAGCGGCCGAAGCGGCGCAAAUUGUAUUGGACUGCCCCGUGAAGAAAAUCAUGAUCCCUCUCAAUGUCACUCACACAUGCAUUUUCACCUCCGACAUCAACAGAAGGCUCCUAAGUGGGUCAGAAGGAUCUCAGGAAGACCUUUCAAGUACAGAGCCCGACCCAACGGCAACGCAAGGAGAAAUGCCGAAAGCUGCCACACCUCUUCUACCCCCAUCUAUCAAGGUCGAAGUAUCAGAGAAUACCACAAAGGAUACUGUCAAAGGA